GGUCGGUAUUAUGGCUUAUAAAAGAAUCUAAGUUUAUUUAGAUUAUAACGCAUACAAUAUUCUUCGCACUGUGCUAGUCGUCUUAAACGGAUAUUGUUGGAAUAAUAUACAUAACGUAAAUGCAAUAAAAGAAAAUAUUUUGAGAUGUCUUCCUCGCAAUCCAAUAUCAACUCACGGGGACAACGUACCGGGUCGCAAGCAAACGCGGCCAGUCUGGCAAAUACUUCCGAAACACAGGUAACAGUCGAUUUGGCGUACGAAAAAACAAACAGGGUUUAUAAACUGGCAAUUCGACAAAUGUGGUCUCAUUUGUCCGGACUGUCUGGAACUCAGCUUAAUGCACAGGCAGAUGUAUUCGUUACAGACGCGUGCGAUUUACACGUUACGUCGAUGUUCAGAGAGUUCGAAAGUGUGGUCACUCUCCUGUGGCAACCCGUUGACCACCGUGCACUGAGGAUCGAACUGGACCGGGAAAUGUAUGAACUGAAAAGAGUAAAAACCAUUGGACAAAAUUAUCUUCGGGAAAGGGACACAUUUUCGCAAUCGGCAGACAUAGUCAGGGCUCGAGUCGAGAACGUUCUUCCGAAGAUGGAAGUCAUCCGGAACGCGUUUGGCUGCACAUUGCAAGCCUACCGCAGACGACAGUGAACGUUUAUUGCAGACGCUAUUGGUGUAAUGUCGCGACGUGUCUUCACAAUGUUUGAUUUGUUUAACUAUAUAACCUUCCAUCCUUUAUAUAUGUUGUUGUACUCUGCGUGUAUGUGUUCUACCAAACCAAGAAUCUAGCGAUAUUUAUAAAUAGAUCUUUGAUAUGACAAGUACUUUUCAUUUGCUUUACAACUGUGCAAUUAUUAGCAAUAUUAUAUACGAUACUUGCCCUGUAUAAUUAAGAAAUGCAGAUGGAAAAUAACUUAUGUAUCUUUUGCUGAUGUUCAUAAUACCGUUCUUUUUUGCAUUUGAAUGUAUCCAUCGUACACAGAAAAUUAUGAUGCGUCUAUAUGCCCAUACUGUGUGAUCGGCAACUAUAUAGCUUAAUCGCCUCUGUUAAAGCUCAUUUAAGAAAGUAUUUGAGUAUAAAAUUAUUUUGUAAUACAUUUUUCGAUUAUUAUUAUUUAUCACUCAUAAUGGGCUUCUCCGCUUGUUUUCAUGAUUACGGUGUUGUUGAUGUACGUUUUAUGUAUGUUUUGUUUACUUGUGAGUGUGGGCAUGUGUGUAUCGGAGUGGGCGUAUUCGUGGGCGUGCGUGUGUAUUUUUUGCAUUUUGCUUUGCCUUCGUUUUUGUUUAUUUUAUGUUGUCCUCAUGUGCCUAAUAUGGCGUAUUGGAUAGA